ACCAAAUACAAUGACUUGACCCUGUCUAUAUAUCUUUCACCUUCUCUCUCGCCGGCCUUGCUCAUCUCUCUAUAGAUCUGCCAGCCCUGCUCCACUUCUCCCCUCACCUUCUUUACCUUCCAUCUCCUUAGCCUUGAAGAUAUAAAAUAAAUAAUACGUACACAUUUUCCUAUACAUAUACAUGCACAGUACUUUCUAAUAUUAUAUCAUACUGAUCAGUUGCCUUUUGCAUUAUAUAGUGGCCCUUUGGCAGAGUUUGAGUUGAGCCAUAACAAGCUUAGCUAGUGAGUGGUGUUCCAUGUGCUUUGGAAUCACCUCAUAAACAGCAUUCCCUCAUAUAUAUAAACCUCCAAUCCAUCACUAGCUAUAGCUUCUAUAUACUCCAUACAUACAUAUAUAUAUAUAUAUUUACAAGACGUCUCUCUUUCCUCGUAUCCUCUUUUAUCUGUUUUCUUGAGGUUCCCAGUCCUUUAAUUUUCCACUCUCCUCAUUGUGAUUAAGUACCAUCAGAAACACAACUCAUGGGGGAAGAGGCCAAGCAGGAGCAGGCUAAGGCGGAGGAGAAGCCGGUGGAAAAGGUAGAGGAGAAUAAGAAGGAAGAAGAGACUAAUAAAGAGGAGAAGAAAGAAGAGGAGAAGAAGGAAGAGGAGCCAAAGCCACCUUCUCCUUGUGUGUUGUAUGUCGAUUUGCAUUGCGUCGGAUGUGCCAAGAAAAUCGAGAGGUCCAUCUUGAAAAUCCAAGGAGUGGAAGGGGUGGUAAUAGAUAUGGCCCAAAACCAAGUGACCCUGAAAGGGAUAGUGGAUCCACAAGCUGUGUGCAAUAGAAUCAUCAAGAAGACCAAACGCAGGGCCAAAGUCCUUUCACCUUUGCCCCCGGCUGAAGGUGAACCCUUGCCCCAAGUUCUCCCUUCCCAGGUGAGUGGCCCGACGACCGUGGAGCUUAACGUGAACAUGCACUGUGAGGCGUGUGCUGAACAGCUAAAGAGAAAGAUACUCAAAAUGAGAGGAGUUCAAACAGCUGUGACAGAUCUAGGGAGUAGCAAGGUGACCGUGACGGGGACGAUGGAUGCGGAGAAGCUCGUCGACUACGUCUACAGACGGACUAAAAAGCAGGCCAGGAUCAUCCCCCAGCCUGAACCCGAAAAACCCCCAGAAUCGAAGCCCGAGGAGAAGCCUGCGGAGGAAGCGAGCUCGCCUCCUAUCAAAGAGAAGAAAGGAGAAGACGGUGAGAAGAAGGAGGAAGGCGGUGAAAAGAAAGAGGAGCAGCCCCAAGAAGGAGAAGCAAAGAAAGAAGAUGAGAAGGAGGGCAAGGAAGAAGAGCCCAAGAAAGUUGAAUUAGGAGAUCAGUAUCAUCUGGGUGACCCAUUGAUGACCAUUGAAGAGGAGAGCUUGAAGAGGAUGAUGUACUCCUACCAGCCAAUGUACGUGAUCGAGAGGAUCCCGCCGGCUCCUCAGCUCUUCAGCGAUGAGAACCCGAAUGCAUGCUCUGUCUCCUAGUCUGUCGGAACGAUCGCCUUAUCGUCUCAUGGGACAACCCUUUUUUUUCCUGUUCACAGUCAGUACAUGGAGUAAAACCAUCAGACGAUGCAGUUGCUGACGAUGAUAUCGGUGAAACUUGCAUGUUUUUUUUAUGUGAGUCUCACAAUCUAUCAUAUGUACACAUCCAUGAUUAAUCGAGAUAUCAUGCUGAUUAAAGAGAAACCGGGUUAUACAUAAUUAGCAGUUUCAAUCCCCGAGAUGAGUCGAGAAACAGCCCGGGCUUGAGAAAUGGACAGUGAAUUUAUCAUUUGGUCAUGAAUUGUAUGCUGUAAGAUUCAUGUUCUGAACACAUAAUAUUGUAUGAUACUAUCGAUCAACUGUUACGGUUUAA